GCUGCUUGGCCAUGUGAUGUUUUUGUAGGUUUGUCAGCAAAAUGGUGCAGCGAACACAGUAAAUAACUGGUGCCAAUUUUACUUUACAUGUCUGUAAAAUCUUUGGUACAAAUCUGGUUAAGUUAUUUUAUUACAUGCUUUUUGCUUAUCCCCAUUCCUUGUAAUGUACUAUUUUAAAGUAAUGAAUUAUUGCACUUUGUUCAAAGCUGUCUAAAGAAAUUGUUUUAAAACAGAAUUGUUUAAAACAAUGGUAUAAAUCUUACAUCAAACUGACACAGAAUGACCCUUUUUCCUCUCUUCUUCCCUUUAGCCACAGUCAAAAAGACUGGAGGAAAUGGAUGGAUAAAUGACCGUUCAGGGACAUUUGGAGGAAACGGACAUUCACCGACCAGUCUGGAUGGAGUCAAUUUCUCAGAAGGGGAACUGUUGUUGCAGGCCCUCAAUGGCUUUGUGCUGGUGGUCACCUCCGAAGGUUACGUGUUUUAUUCAUCUCCAACUAUACAGGACUACUUGGGCUUCCAUCAGUCGGAUGUGGUCCAUCAGAGUGUAUUCGAGCUCAUCCAUACAGACGAUCGGGCAAUGUUUCGAAGACAACUACACUUCGCUCUCAAUCCCACUUCGUGCGAUGGUAGCGAUGCAUCUGAUGCAAUUCAAAGCAGCAGUGACAUCACCAGAGAUAUGGUAAACUACAACCCUCAACACAUCCCUCCAGAAAACUCAUCCUUCUUGGAACGAAGUUUCUGUUGCCGAUUCCGGUGCCUCCUUGACAACUCAUCAGGCUUCCUGGCCCUGAAUUUCCAUGGGAGGCUGAAAUACCUCCAUGGGCAAAACAAGUUGGCUGAAGAUGGGACCCUGGUCCAUCCUCAACUGGCUCUUUUUGUCAUUGCCACACCCCUCCAGCCACCCUCUAUCCUAGAGAUCAGGAGCAAGACUCUUCUUUUCCAAACCAAACACAAGAUGGACUUCACACCUCUGGGUGUUGUUGUGAUUCUCUUGCAGAACCUAAAGCCUCUCUGCAGUUCUCGGCCAGCUUUUCGCCAGAUCUACGAACCGUCUGAAGCUCAUCCCACUAAGUGGGCCACCGGGCUCCUGGAUCAUCACUGCUGGGCCCUGGAAGAGAUUCAUGCCAAUCAUAACACUAAUACAUAA